CGACGCGUUGCCAUAGCUACCGAUUAGUUUGGUUCCCGCCUCCAGCUGGGCUGGCAGAGAGGUUCCUUCGUUCUUGUGAAAUUAUAAAUCUACCCCAGAGGGCAAGGAAAGUAACUGAGGAAGAAUGGACGAGGAAGAGGUGGAAGUCGUGGGGUCUCCUUCAGAGGUUUUACAACCUGAGGUCACUGUGGUGGUGACAGGAGAGCCACCUGAAGCUGCAGAAGAAGAUCUGGAUUACGAAGAAGAGGAAGAGACCUCCCCAGAAGUCAUAGAGACGCUGUCCCUUCUAGACGUGCUGAGGGUGUCGGCAGUCAUGGAGGACGUCAUUGACCAGCUCUCUAUUCUCGGCUACAUCAUUCCGGUUCAAUACGAAAGAAGGCAGAGCCUCACCCAGAAAGCUAGCCACGAAGGAGCAUCGAUGAUUACAACCACACCGAAAAAAUCUACUUCUUUGAUAACUAAAGAAAAAUCCAUGAUGGCAGAAAACAAACAGAGAGGGCAGGACUUUACCUUUAAAAAACCUACAAAGCAGACCAUGAUGACUCUGGAGACACUGAAGAAAAUUCAGAAUGACAGGCAAUAUUUCAGUGAUGUAAUUGUGAAUGCCAUGAUGGAGAUGCAAGAUUCUGGCUCUUUCACCAGUCUCCUGAAAGCCUUGGGCAAAGAAAGAGACAGCAAAAUGAAUUUCCAUGAUGUCAUCACAAGGGAGGAAAAGGGAAGAAAACAGAUAAAAACUCUUCAAAAACAGUUACUUGAUGUCAAAAGGGAGCGUCAAAUGCAAGUACAGAAUGGGAACGAAUACAUUGCUCACCUCAGGGACCAGCUACAAGAGAUGAAGGCGAAAACCAACUUGGAGAAUCUUUAUAUGAAAAGAAAUGCUGAGCUGCAGAUUUCCCAGACCCAGAAGAAAUGUAACCGAGCAGAAGAACUCUUGCUGGAGGAGAUUGAGAAACUGAGGAUGAAAACUGAAGAGGAGAACCGGAUUCACACGGAGAUCGAAAUGUUUCUUAAAAAGCAGCAGCAGAAACUUGAGGAGAAGCUAGAGUUCUGGAUGGAGAAAUUUGACAAAGACACAGAAGCAAAGCAGAACGAGUUAAAUGCUCUCAAGGCUGCCAAGGCCAGUGACCUGGCACACCUUCAAGACCUGGCAAAGAUGAUCCGGGAGUAUGAGCAGGUCAUUAUUGAGGACCGGAUAGAGAAGGAGAAGACCAGGAAGAAGCUGGAGCAGGAUGACCUGGAACUGAGGAGCAUCGUGAAGCUCCAGGCCUGGUGGCGAGGGUCAGUGGUCCGGAAGGAAAUUGGCAAUUUCAAAAUGCCCAAGAAAGAUAAAGAUGACAGCAAAGACUCGAAAGGCAAGGAGAAGGAGAAGAGGAGAAAGAAGUAACCAGUUUCUCCUGAGCCUUCUCAGGCCUCGAGAUGCUGGUGGUGCUGCCCAGCGCCUACCUCCCGGCUCACAGACACCUAGGGAGGUCUCACUGCCUGAUACUCUAGUCUUCACACCCCAGUGAGGGCUAUCGCAUGGCUGUAGGACCUCUUCAGACUGGACUGUGGGGAGCCAUGUUGAGUAGCUGUGUGAGCAUCCUUCUUCUCACACCAGAAAGCAGCUCACUGGCUCAUAGUUAAGUCGUAAAAACUCCUGACACAUCUGAUUCUGACUUUAUGCCAUAUGAUUAAAGUGAAAAACUAUUAUAAGCAAAAGUGAAUUCUCACCUAGCAUCAUGUGCACGCACAUGUAGUAAUAAACAGUGGCUCUGCCUGUCUUGCAGGGCAACCAUUAGUCUAGGGUUGGUGGUGUUGGGGGACAGCACAUAAAACACCUCUUACAUAAGCUGUUCCAGUGACUUUUCUGGGGACAGAUAAGGAUGGAAGUGUCUGAUACAAGAUGGAAAUGGCAUGUGGAUACACAGCCCUCCAGGGGUGAAGAACGGGGCACGGGUUCUCCAGGCUAGUUUAGAGAUACACUUGUCAAAGGAGGCACAACUAUGUCCGUCAUCUGGAUUUUAAGACUUAAAGAAACAAACCAAACCAACCAGCCAAGCAACCAAACUGUGUGUAUGUGGGCCCAGGCUUGGAAACGUGUGCAUGCCACAGCGUGCAGGGGGUGGAGUCAGAGGACAGGUUCUAAGAAUUGUUUCCUUCUCAUGUAUCUCUUUGUACUAUUUGGGUCUCAGAUAUCAAACUCAAGUCAUUGGACUUGGCAGCAAGCCCCUUUGCCUGCUGAGCCAUUUCAUUGGCCCUCAACUGUGUUUUUUUUUUUUCCCCUGAGAGAAAUGUUACUUUAAUGUGUCUCACAUAUUUCAUGAAUAUAAAAUUUAAACUUUUUGAUGCAGGGUCUCAUGUGGCCCCGGUUGGUUUCAAAUUCACUACGUAGUCUAGUGGCCUUGAACCUCGUGUUGCGCCUCCUAAGUGCUAGAACUACAGGGGCGAGCGACCAUACCUGGUUUAUGCAGUGUCGGGAAUGGAACCUAGGACUCCAUGCGUGCUAGUAGGCCCACUCCUGACUGUACUCCAGCCCCAGCCUGAGUGGAGCCUCCUCAUCCACUGCCUCCGCAGACCAGCCUGCUAUCUGUACCUCUGUAAGAAAGAGACUGUGAGCCUCAAGGGUUCAGUGAGCCAGAUAGAUAAAUGGCCUUUCCUUGACUGCUCUCUGGCAAGAAAACCAUGCUUUAGGCUGGAACAAUUUAAAGUGUUUAUUACAUGCUACUGGAGUAUAUUGGCUUUUAAUGUCCACAUAUAAGACGACAUACAGGCAAUUUAUAUAACAUACACAGUACUGACAUAUUUAUACUUAGAACUUACACAAAUAUUUACAAACAUACAAAUAUAGGACAAUGUUUACAAAAACUUUUAUUAAUUACAUGUUUAUAACACUUCAGAAAUAAAAUCUGCUGUAAACCAUCUCACUGCAAUGAAAAAGGCUUCUAAAUAA